CCUUGGGACAAAGCGGGGGCUUAAGCUCUCUAAGUAGAGGCAUUAGUGCAACGUGUGCACGGGAGCAGCCUUGCGUUGAACCAUAUCAACGCGCCAGCUAAGAAUUUUCCUGUGCAAAGGCCUAGCAGCCGAGCUAACCACUGCACCCACUGCCCACUGCCUGCACGCCAUCGCCGCGCAGCGCUACCAGCCGCAGUAUUAAGCAUGGCCCCAGCAAGCGGCGACCUCAAAAAGCGCGCCACGAGCGGCCAACUCACCGACGCGGAAAGAGCGUCGGCCUGGCGCGUCUUCUUAGGAGCAUCGACAGACAUAAACUACAAGAAACUCAAAGACGACGCCUUACCGGACGCGGCGAGCAUCAGUAGCGAUAGCGACCCCCUCUCGGGCUUGCUCGACGAUGCAAAGAAUAAUGAUGGCUGGGCGCGGUUCCACGCGAAUGUGGAAAACCGCGAGGAGAUCCGCACGGACUUAGAAAGGUUAGUGGUCGACGGGUUUCCGGAGUCCCAUUUCAAGGAUCCACAGCGCCAGACGCUGAUGCUGGACGUGUUGACGGUCUGGGCGGCCCGUAAUUCAUUAGGUUAUCGCCAGGGCAUGCACGAAUUGUUAGCUGUUUUAUGCGAAGUCUUGGAGCAGGAGAAACGCGAAGGCUUCAACAACUUUGCGCAGAGCGGAGCUGUUAGUGAUGGGCCCUUCCAUGAAUCGGACGCGUAUGUCUUAUUUGACGCGCUGAUGGCGCACCAAGCAUCGUUGUUCGCCACGGACCUCGGGGCCGAUGCUCCGGUGCUGAAAUUGUGUAGGAGGUUCCAGACUGAAAGUUCGCAAUUACUUUCGUUGGGCAAUGGGUUUAACAGUGUCGAGCCGCAGCUCUAUGGACUCAGGUGGUGCCGCCUCUUGUUCAGCCGCGAAAUCGCGUGUCCCGCCCUGUUGCAGUUGUGGGACGGGCUCUUCGCGUUAUGCCACGCGCAUCAAAAGGAGCUGAGUGUCGUGACGGAGAAGUGCUGCACCGCUCUAAUUUGUGCGGCGGCGCCCAAUUUGCGGGGCGGCGCUAAAGAACAGAUCGCCCUCGAAAUUUUAAUGAGGUACAAGAACCACGUCGCGCCGGCGGUGCCGCGGCUCUUGGAUAUAAGUGAGCGGCUUGUUGAUGGAAGGGGCCUGCCGCCCGUGCGGACCGCUCCGGCACCGCAGCGUCCCCAGGUGGUCCACACGCACGGCGCCGCGCCGGUCAAGCCGCCGCGCGCCCGCGUUCCCGCCGGCCCGCCGCCCGGCUCCUCGACGUCGACGACGUUCGUGAAGCCGACGCCCGCGCGGGCCCCACCGCCGGCGCCGCCGCCGCAACCGCAGACGAUCGACCGCGCGGCGCUCCUCUCGUCGCCGAAGGCGCCGUCGCAACCGAGCGUUCUCCCGUCGUCGCGGCUGCUGCGGGCGGUCGCGGUCCUGCGGGGCAGCGCCGUGACGGAGGAGACCCGACGCCAGGCGGCGCUCGCGCAGAUUGAAGACGUCGCCGCGGAGCUGCGGCGGCGGCGCUUGUGA